AUGAGUUUCCCGACCGGCUUCGCGAAGCUUCCACCUUUCGGCACAGCUGAAGCGGCGGCGUCGGCUGCGGCUGCGGCGGCGGGGACAAAGAGGCGCGCGGAAGAUGCGCUGGAGGGAAGCGCAGGCGGAGGGGGAAGCAUAAGCGGCGGAAGUUCCGUCACGCUGCUCCUCUCCCCCUCCGCGCUCUUCGCCCCUCUCCUCGCCCCUCUCCUCGCCCCUCUCUUCGACCCUCUCCUCGCCCCUCUCCUCGCCCCUCUCCUCGCCCCUCUCCUCGCCCCUCUCCUCGUCCAGCUACAGUCGAAGCUCUUCUCGCUCACGCGCCGUCUCGUCACCAUCUGCCCUGCCUUCGCCACCUCCGUUAAAAUGUUUGAGGCCAACUACAGUCGCAAGCUCUCGUCGCUAAAGCACCGUCUGGUUACCAUUUCGCCCGACCUCGCCGCGUCCGCCGCCGCCGCCUCCGCGCUGCCCUCCCCGCCUGCGCUGCUGCAGGGCUUCCUGUACUGGCGCUGGGCGUUUGAGAGCCCGCACGAGGUGAAGGUGUUGGUGCGCAAGAUGCUGGGCGAGGAGAACACCCCUCAGGGUCACCUGCGCCUCAUUCUUGUGCCCAUCGUGUACAACGCCAUGGCGCUUAAAGAGAACCUCAGAAAGACGCCCUUCUUUGCCAAGCUAGAGGCGGCGCUGCGCGUGUCCUCCUACUGGCAGCUACUCAAGCCACAGACUGACGGGGACGCUCAAGCAACGAUCAACGAUGGGGAACACCUCGUUCGCCUCCUCCCCCUUCUUUCUCUCCAGCACCACCGCGCACGCCCUCCCCCUCCCCUCGCCCCUCUUCCCUUCCUUUUCGGGUAUAGGGAGAGGGGAUUUGGAGGGGAACGAGGGGGGAUGAGAGGAGGAGAGAGCGGAGGAGGGGGAGGGAGUGUGCGUGGAGAGAGGGAGAUGCCGAUAAGAGGGCAAUCUGGGAUUGGAUUUGAUUCCGGAUUGAAAGAGGAGAGCGAGGAGGGGGGGCAGGAGGAGGAGGAGGAGGAGGAGGAGGAGGAGGAGGAGGAGGAGGAGGAGGAGGAGGAGGAGGAGGAGGAGGAGGGGAGAGGCAGCACUGCAACAGCAACUGUACCACCAACAACGUCUGCACCGGCGGCAGCAGAAGCAGUGGCAGAAGGAGCAGCACCAGCAGCAGCAACUCACCGAUUCUUCCAGCCAGCCCAUCAAAGCCCUCCCAACCGUUCCUUCAUCCCUCCUCCUCCUGCUUCCCCCUCUCCAAACACUCUCCAACCGAAUCAUACUUCAGCAGCAGGAGGAGCAGAAGAUGCUGCAGAGAUCAAGUCCCAUCCACUUCUACCGCCACUACCAUCUCACUUCUGCCCUCCAAGCAUUGAACCUGCUUCUGCUGCUUCUGCUGCUGCCGCUGCUUCUGCUGUCGCUGCUGCUGCGCCCGCUGCUCUGUUUGGUGUGAGAAUCACUGCCUCAGCUCGUGCCUCUGCGGCUGCUGCCGGGGCUGCUGCUGAUGGCAGUGGCAGCAUCAACGACGCUGCUGCUUAUAAAGAUGCAGCUUCUAACGGGGUUGCUGCUGGUGGUGGUGCUUCUUAUGAUGUAGCUGCCUCUAACGCUUCAGCCGCAGCAGGCCUCCACUUCUCUGCAUUCCCCCCAGAACCUGCUGUUCGUCCCACUCCUCUGAAGCUCUUGUGUGGCACUGACGCGGCUAAAACAACCACUACACCCGCUGCUGCUGCCACUGCCGCCAGUUCUGAUGCUGUUGGUGCACCUGCUGCAGCAAACCAUCUAAGCAUGGGUUACAUCGGAAAGAAUGGCACGGGGGUGACUGUUGAGACGUCUCAAAGGUCGGCGAGCCAUCUAAGCAUGGGUUACAUUAGAGAGAAUGGCACGGGUGUGCAACUCCAGGCGAACGAUGCGAGGCAAGGCUUCAGAGGCAGUGAGAACUUCAAUGUGUUUCAUCAGCCAACCCGCAGUAAUAAUGAGCGUGCUACUAAUGAGUAUGAGAGGGCCGCUGGCCUUCAGGCAUGCAGUGCAGGUGCAGCGAGCAGCAGAGGGGUGCUUGCUGGUGGGAUAGGCGGCCAGCAUUGGGAGUCGGGGGAUAGAGUAGCAAGCAGGGGUAUUGAUCUGGGGAAGAGUGUGAGGUCGGGUUAUGAAAGGCCUCAGAAUGAGGCUUCAAGGUGGAGUUAUGAGAAGGGGAGGGAGGAAAGGGGGGAGGCGGAGAGAGGGCGAAGGGAGGAGGGGAGGACGGAUGGGGGAAGAGGGGGAGGUGUGAAUGGGCAGUUGGAGGGGCGGUUAUGGGGCAGGGACCAGCAUUUUGAAAGGGGGAAUGGGGGAGUAAGAGAUUGGUGUGGCGGGGGUGGGGGAGAGAAAGGAGGGCAACAAUACAUGGAUAUGAACGAGGGAGGUGAGGAGGGAUUGUGGAAGGAACCAGGAACGAAGCAUGAAAUAGUAAGGGGGGAAAGUUUGCACCAACAGGGUUUACGGGAGGGGGGUUUGCUGCAACAGGAUU